CAUCAAUGCUGGGGGUAAUCGAAGGACUGGAUUGGGUGCAACUUCCCAAGCUUGUCAAUUUUUGGAAUGACUCUCCAUAACCAGCUUUGAAUUGGAAGUCUCUAUCUAGGAGAAAGUUGGCUCCUCCUUCCAAUUCAAAAAUGCUACCACUCAUUCAUCGUGGCUUCCUCGUUAGACAAGUGUUCGAAGGACCCAAUCCAACCCCAAUUCCCAGCAUCAUUUUCCGCCAUGUAUACAACAUUCCAAACCAGUCAUCUCCAAUCACGUUCGUUUCCAACACUCGUUUCAUUAUCUACAAUAUACAUUCGUUUUGCUUCUCUUCAUUCUCGCAUCUUCUACAUCACAAUUCUAGGUACCCACCUUCCACAGCGCACGUCAUUUGCUCCUGCAAAACCUCGAAGUACAGCAAUAUAUCAUGGGUCUCCCACUGUGGAUUGAUCCAUCAGAGAAAGUGGAUGUUAAGUCAUCUCGGACUGUGAGGAAAUCAUACUUCCAGCUUCAAUAUCACAUACUGAUACUUUCAAGGAAUUUACCCGACCUCGUGCAAAUGCCAUGUCCUCUGAGCCUCGACCAAGAAUUCACGAAAUCAAUGGCGAUCCACAACAAACCUUUCCACCCCAGCAACCUCCACAGCAAGACUACGGACGCAGAGAGGCGAAUCUCAUUCGGCAGCUAGAGGAUAUAUUUCGAGACCUGUUAACCAUCGGUGACCGGGCCGGGAAGAUCCUCGAAGUAACAAUGAAAGAUUCGGAAGACACCUAUCGGCUUGUACUCGAAAAACCCCCAUCCGUAUCAAGCGCGAGAGUGAUGAUGCUAGAUAUGAUGGGGGUGUAUAGAUUAGAAUAUGCGAGGGAAAACACGCAUCUUUAUGGUCAACAAGGGUGGGAGAUUGAUGAUGCUUGGCUGAUAGAGAGGCUCUGGUUGGGCGCUGCUCGAUACAGGAAUCCUGAUACGACUGAGCUGCCUCCGAGUUUCCCCUAUCCUUCUGAAGUUCCUAGACUACACCGCAGUGAUGAUGGUCCCAAUACACGUGCUUCUUUGCGUGUAAACCGUAACGCGAACCCCGACAGCGGAAUUCAGAGUGGUAAUAGCGAAGCUACAGGUUCUUCCGAAAACUCCCCCGUACUGAACGGAGCAGGAUAUGAUGCCGAAUGGACGGUAUGAUGCUGAGAGUAUGAUGCAUAGCAAGAACAUAUUAUGGUUGCUUAGGAGUUCUUGAUAGGGAGACGAACUUCUUGGAUAGCUAGGGAGGAUAGUAUUCAGUUAGGAAAUUCCGCAGCGAAAUACAGAGAAAUC